AUGGCGGAGAAGGAAGAAGAAGAAUCGGAGAACAAGACCAAGCUGAACAUGAAGGAGCGAAAGGUCUCGUGGGCGAGACUGCGGCACAUCGACUCUCUCAACCUGGAGGCGGGUCGAGUCUCCAAGUCCCACGCCCACUCCUCCAAGGUGAAUUGGCAAAUGACGAUGAGUUUGGCAUUUCAGAGCAUAGGAGUGGUGUACGGCGACAUAGGGACGUCUCCACUGUACGUGUACGCGAGUACGUUCACAGAGGGAAUUAAGGACACUAAGGAUAUUCUUGGGGUUUUGUCGCUAAUUAUCUAUACAAUUGCCCUUGUCCCCUUGCUCAAGUACGUCUUCAUCGUUCUCUUAGCCAAUGACAACGGCGACGGAGGAACGUUCGCAUUGUACUCUCUGAUGUGCAGGUAUGCAAAGGUGAGCUUGAUCCCGAAUCACCAACCGGAGGACGAAGAAGUUUCGAAUUACAAGCUCCACACUCCGUCGAAGCAGGUGCAACGGGCUCAGAAGAUCAAGGAAAUGCUCGAGAACAGCAAGACCGCCCAGAUCGUUCUCUUUCUUGUCACCAUCAUGGGCACUUCGAUGGUCAUUGGUGACGGUGUUCUCACCCCAUCCAUUUCAGUUCUUUCAGCAGUGAGCGGGAUCAAGUCACUGGGCAAAGCUGCGAUGGUGGGGAUAUCGGUGGGGAUCUUGAUAAUCCUUUUCAGCGUCCAGAAGUAUGGGACAGACCGGGUUGGGUUCACGUUCGCCCCCAUCGUCUUCGUCUGGUUCACGUUCAUCAGUGGGAUCGGCCUCUUCAACCUGCUCAAGUACGACAUUGGUGUGUUGCGUGCCUUCAACCCUAAGUACAUCGUCAACUACUUCCACCGCAAUGGCAAAAAUGCCUGGGUCUCGCUCGGCGGCGUCGUCCUCUGCAUUACAGGCACUGAGGCCAUGUUUGCCGAUCUGGGUCACUUCAAUGUUCGAGCAAUCCAAAUCAGCUUCUCUUGCCUCGUAUUUCCUGCACUGUUGACCGCAUAUAGUGGACAAGCAGCUUAUCUCAUGAAGCACCCUGACCAUGUUGCCAACACUUUCUAUGACUCAAUCCCAGAUCCAUUGUACUGGCCGAUGUUCGUGGUGGCAGUCGCCGCGGCAAUCAUUGCGAGCCAGGCAAUGAUCUCGGGUGCAUAUGCCAUCAUCUCGCAGUCGCUGGCCUUGGGCUGCUUCCCGAGGGUCAAGGUGAUUCACACGUCCGCCAAGUACGAGGGCCAGGUUUACAUACCGGAGGUGAACUACAUGCUCAUGGUUGCUAGCGUCUUGGUCACUGCUGGCUUCCAGACCACAACCAACAUCGGCAACGCUUACGGAAUAGCUGUGGUGAGCGUUAUGGUGAUCACCACUUGCCUGCUCACUCUCGUCAUGCUUGUUAUAUGGAAGACGAGCAUAUGGUGGAUCGUGCUCUUCGUCACCAUCUUCGGCUCAAUCGAACUGAUCUAUCUCUCGUCGGUCCUCUACAAGUUCAUAGAGGGCGGUUUCCUACCGCUUGUGUUUGCUGCCUUUCUCAUGACCAUCAUGAUUAUCUGGCACUACGUCCACAAGCAACGGUACAUGUAUGAGCUCAAGAACAAGGUCUCGGCUGAGUUCAUCAGAGAUCUCGCCACGAACCCAAGCAUCAAUCGGGUCCCCGGGGUUGCCUUCCUCUAUUCCGAGCUCGUGCAGGGGAUUCCUCCAAUAUUAUCACAUUUUGUGGCAAAUAUUUCGUCUAUCCAUUCAAUAAUAGUCCUUGUCUCAAUCAAGAACCUCCCGAUCAGCAAGGUCGCGCUAGAGGAGCGGUUCUUGUUCAGGCAGGUCAAGCCGAGGGGCUUCAGAAUGUUCCGCUGCAUCGUCCGGUAUGGAUACAACGACAAGAUCGAGGAGCCGCACGAGUUCGAGCGCCAAUUGGUGGACAACUUGAAGGAAUUCAUCCGGCAGGAGUACAUCUUCCUUGAGGCUGAGAACAAUGAUCACAUCCAAAAGGAUGUGACAACCAACAACGAUGUACCACAUUCGACACUGCUAGCAGAAGAUGGACGGGCCAAGGGAUCAAGCAUUAUGCAGGAGUCGCUACUGCAGCAAAACCCAUCCAAUCUCUCCGGCAAUUCUAUCCAAUCAUUUAAUGCGGCCAAGUCAACAAAUUCUUCCAAUGGAAUUGUGUUCGAUCCGACCCAAGUGGCCGAAGAGGAGAUGCAAUUUGUGCAGAAAGCGAUGGAUAGGGGAGUGGUGUACCUCCUCGGGGAAGCUGAUGUGGUCGCGGAGCCGAAGUCGUCCACGUUGAAGAAGAUCGUGGUCAACUACGUCUACAGUUUUCUCAGGAAAAAUUUCAGGCAAGGCGAGAAAAUCAUGGCGAUCCCAAGGAACAGGCUUCUGAGGGUUGGUAUGACAUAUGAGAUAUGAAUGAAAAGAGGGCACUAGUUGUGGUCAAAUAAAAUUUAGCGACUUUUAAUGGGUGAAACAGCACGGCCAUGUUUCAUAACUAAUGGCUUUUUUUAAUACAACAGAAGUUUUGAUAUA